UAAGUCCAUACUGAGCAAGUAUUAAUUAAGCAUAUAAUAAUAAGUAUUGAUUACAAUUGUCAUAUAUCAGUAGUUGAUAAUAAAUGUAUUUAAUUAAAAAAGAAUGAAUGUGGGUUCUAUAUUAAAUAAUGAUACACCACCGAGUGAUCACGAGUCAGAAGCCCAAACAGACCAGCAACGUCCGCCAUUACCAUCGAGAAAUUCAUCAAUUCCUACAAAUUUAUCAAGUCAUGAAAGACACUCAAUCACAAAUAUAUUAAAUGAACCAACUCCCACACCGUCAUUUCAACAGAAUGUUCUGAAGGAUGAAUUUCCAAAACCUACUAUAGUUCAACAAUCUUCAAAUGGCUCAAAGUCCAGCGCAUCUAGUAGUAGUGUUGUUAAUAGUCAAAAUAAUUCACCAUAUGCUAGCAAACGAAAUUCCAUAGCUAAUAUUAUAACAAAUGAUAAAGAUGAUGUUGAUAUAACCACCGACAAAGAAACUGAAGUUAAAGAGUCCGAGUCACCUAAGGCUAAACCCGAAUCAUCACCACAAAUUAUAAAAGAAGAAAUACAAAAAGAGCCAUCUCCAGUUGAUGUAAAGGAUCAAUUAUCAAAACUUGUAGCAAUUAAAAAGAGCCAAAAACCUAAACGAUAUGAUACUCCACCAAUUUGGGCUCAAAGGUAUAUUCCACCAAAUAGAAAGAAUUUUGAUAAUUUUAAUAAUAGUAAUAAUGUCAAUGGGAAUGGAAAUAUUAAAUAUCAGAUCACCGAUAAACCUGUGUUUGAUUAUACUGCCACAAGAAGUUUAGAUCUUCAAGUAAGUAUCACAGGAGUUAUACCACCAUCUUCAUUAACUAGAACAGUGGCUGAAUGGAUUUAUGCCAAUUUUUCAAAUAUAAAUGAUAGUAAUCGUAAGAAUGUGGAAUUGGAAUUAAAAUUUGGGAAAAUCAUGGAUAAACGUACUGGUAAUAGAAUAAAUGUUUCUGUAGUAACAGAAUGUAUAUUUACUGAUCAUUCAAAUACAUUUUUUGAUAUGCAAGUUGAAGAAAUUGCUUGGAAUGAUAUUAAGAAAUUCUUUGAAGAAUUAGAGAAAGGAUAUCAAGAUGAAUUAAGAAAUUUACCACCAGAUGCACAUAGGUCAAGAAGAAAAUUCAAUAUGUUAGAAUCAGAUAUAACGGAUACAUUUUAUCAAGUUGGAGGUAGGGGAGAGCAUAUUAAGCGAGUUCGUAUAUCGAAAGAUAAUAGUUUGAAACCUCCUAGAUUUAAUGGUAUUGAAAAACAAAGAGUAUCUGAUUUAUUUAUUCAUGUUCCAUCAUCAAUGUAUGAUUUAAGAUUAUCAUUAUCACUAGAAAUUCCAGUAGCAGAAAAUAAUUUGGAACCAAUUAUGACUAAAAAUAAACCAUCUAUGGUAAGAGAAAAGAAAAGAAAUACUUGGACUCAUGCACCAACUUUAACUCAAUUUGAUUUAACUAGAGUUUUAAUACCUCGAGAAGCUAAGAAUAAACAUGGUAAAACCAUAAUUAAUCAUGAUGUUAAUUAUGAAGUUGAGUUAGAAAUUGAUACAUUGGAAGUAUUUAAUGCAAUAGAUAAAAUAGUGGCAGGUACUGAUAAUUAUCGUCUAGAAGAAUUGGUAGAAAUUUUUGUAAACAAUGCUAGGGUAUUAAAUAAUAGGAUUACCAAAUUAGCUCAACCAUAAGAAAUCUAUCAAAUAUGUAAUAUAACUUAUCAUUAACACUAUUUUUACUGUACUAAUAAAAGUGUAAUAUUUUACCCCAACGUGUAGAGUUCAAAUUGUGAAAAAUUUGAAAAAUGUUUGUUGACCAAACGCGAACAAAAAUUUAUAAAUAGGCUAGAGCUGUAGUUAGACAACUGGUUGUU